GGGAGCGGGAGGGGUGGAGAUUCUUCAGGCACUCGAAGCUGUUGGCCGGGCUGGAGUAACAUCGCUACCCUUCCAUCCGUCAGUACAUCAACUUCACGAUGGGGAAGCUGCUUGGACUCUGCGCUGUGGUGCUCGCUUGUAUCACCAUUGGAUCUGCUCUUCAAUGUCUGAAGUGUGCAUUCACCAUUUUCAAUAUACCCUGCCACACUUCGACUGUCACCUGUAAUAGUGAAGAAGUUUGUGCUGUCAUCCAGGGAAGUGCUGCUGGUCAUAAGCUCAUCAAGAAGAAGGACUGUGUCGCACAGGAUAAAUGCGACAAGAACAGUACCGAGUCCUAUUUGGGCAUCAAAUACGUCACCACCUACAAGUGUUGCGAUGGCGAUUUCUGCAAUUCGGGAGCCACCUUGCCCUCUGCUCACAUCUCUCUGCCCAUGCUUCUGGUCAUCGGAGGCACCUGGUUCCUUCGCUUCCUCUAAUCUUCUUUCCAGGAAGGAGAGAAAACACCAACUCUAGAAGAUGCCAAAAAUUAAGCCUGCGAUUCUUCUACUUUUUUUAGCUGAAAGUAACGUCCAUGGAACUCCAGUCAUGUACAGGAUUGUCCUAUUAUCCUACCAAGCACUGUAUUAAAUAGACACUCUCGCCUUUCCUUUUUAUUCAGAAAUGCAUUUGUGGCUUAAUGAAGGCGUAUCCUCUAUUUUAGAGCAUAUGAAUGAAGCUUUAGGAGUUGAAGCUGCCUUAAUCUUUCUCCUCCUCCUCUUUUUUCAUUAUCUUCUACCUUUUCAAUUCCUUUUCCACUUAUUUUCAUCCUCUGCAAGCUUCUCUUUAAAACAGAGUCGGAAAACUAGUGUCAGACAAACUACAAGUCCAAUAGUCCCAUCUAGAUCACAGUACCCAUCUCCCAUAGGCCCCUUUUAAGCUUCUUCACCCCUUGAGAUUUAGAAUAGAAUAACAGAGUUGGAAGGGACCUUGAAGGUCUUCUAGUCCAACCCCCUGCUUAGGCAGGAAACCCUACACCACUUCAGACAAGUGAUUAUCCAACAUCUUUAAAACUUCCAGUGUUGGAGCAUUCAUAACUUCUGGAGGCAAAUUAUUCCACUGAUUAAUUAAUUUUACACUGCUUUCCUCCUCCUGUACUAAAGGGGCAGUGUUGUGUUUCCUCUCCAAUUAUCUCAUUUCAUAGGAUUCUUCCCAAAUAUGAUCACCAGUUGCCCCUUUUUCCUCGGCAUGGGUGGGACCUUCUCGUUCUUCAGCCAACGUUUCUCCUGAUGACAGUGUCAUGUCUAUGAGGGAGAUAAGGCAAUGGAGGAUGAGUUCCCUCAAUGCAAUUCCUCCCCAUCCCCCACGCUUCCAUCCCGCCCCCACAUUCCCUUAAAGAAAUAUGAUCUGUGGCAUCCCUAGGCAGAUAUUUGGCAGCAGCGAGAGAGAGAAAGAGAGAGAAGUCAUCUGAGGCAAGCAACCCACUGGAUGGCUAAUGAAAACAUGCCACGAGCUGCUAUUUUGGGCUGACCCUGAGCCAGUUAUGUUUUAAAGGCUACAUACAUAACAUUCUGCAGAGGAGGGGCUGUAUUGCGUGCUCUUGCACACAUCCCUUCAAGAAGGAGAAUGGGAUUUAACCCUAUAUAUGCCAACAUUUCUGCCUUUGUCCCCAAAAUCUGCUGGCUGUUUUCUUGCAUUUGUAUGCCUGCAACAUCACCCAUAUUAGGCUGCCUGAAUUCAGCAGGUCCUUUCAAGCACUUUUGCCUUUUAUAGAUAUAGAUUUUACAUAUAUAUGUGUUUUUCUAUCGAGACACCUGGUCUACCCCAACGUGUGGGAGGGGGCAUUCUGCUCCCUUUCGCCCUUUCAGCUCCAAUCCAGGAGCCCUCAAGCAGUCGCAUUCAUUUCACAAACCAUUUUAUACCAAAUUUAUAUUUUUCUGAUAAAGAAAUAAAGGGAUAUAAUCGAUAAUACUGGUAGUCCUCGACUUACAACAGUUCAUUUAGUGACCGUUCAAAGUUACAAGGGCCCUGAAAAAAGGGGUGUAUGACCCAUUUUUCACACUUAACGACUGUGGCAGCAUCCCCAUGGUCACACGAUUCAAAUUGGUAGCCUUCUGCUACCAACAGCCUCUCACCGACCAGUACGCUCCCAUAGAGAGGGGCUCCUCAGGGUGCCGUCGGCCAAACAGUGUCGACUGGCGGCCCCCAGGGGGAGACCCUUCUCUGUGGGGGCACCUGCCAUCUGGAACGAGCUCCCCUCAGAGAUACGGAGGAUCACGGACCUGCGCAUGUUUCGUUGUGCUCUCAAAACUUUUUUAUUUCAGCAGGCUGGCCUGGCCUAACUCUCCUCUUUUAAAUUUUUAAUUCGUGUGAUUUUAAAAAUUGGGUGUUUUAAUCUGUGUUUCGGCCAAAAUAUUUAAUAAUUUUAAGGGAUUUUUUUUAAUAUUUGUAUUAUCUGUAUUUUAUCUUGGCUGUUCACCGCCCUGAGUUCUUCGGGAGUAGGGUGGUAUAGAAAUUUGAUUAAUAAAUAAAUAAAUAAUAAAUUCAGACACAUGGCAACUGAACUCACAUUUAUGACGGCCGUAAUGUCCCUGAGUCAAGUCAUCCCCUUUGGCGACCUUCUGUCAAGCGAAGUCCACAGGGAAGCCAGAUUCGCUUAACGACCUUGCUACUAACUUAACGACGACAGUGAUUCACUUAACAACUGUGGUAAGAAAGGUCGUAAAAUGGGCAAAACUCACUUAACGACUGUCUCGCUUAGCAACAAAUUUGGGUCUUAAGUGCGGUCGUAAGUCAAGGACUACUUUAUUUGCUUCCUGGAAUUACCUGGAAGACGAUUCUUCGUUUUUCCAAGGUUGAAAAUGAUUCCCUAUUUCCACCUCAGUUGCCAGUUUGUUUUAAAGUCACCAUUUGUAUACCUUUGCUCUGAAUAUAUGGAUUCGCAUAAACACUUUCUCCAAUACACUACAAGUUUUUUAAAACAUACACAUAAGUAACAAGGUUUUUUUUUAUAAUGUAAUACAUUUUUACAUAUACAUUCCCCACAUGUGUACAUCCCUGGGUUUUGUGUGUGUGUGUGGGUUUUUUGGUUUUUUGAGUUGUGAGUAAACAACCAUUGAAUUUUAGAUACCGGCAUACAUAGUCGCUCCAAUUUCCCUUUUUCUAAGUUCAGGUUCAUUCAAUUUGCUUCAGAACGUAAGAUGAACAGAUUUCUUCUCAUAAUCGUUUGUACUCAAUAAAUGAUGAGCUAAUUAAAUCUCUGAAAACUGGUACAGUUUUCUUCCUGCUUUUCGUUUCUCAAAAGGACAACUUCAUUCAUCAAACUAAGCAUUGCACACACCAUGCUGAGAUGGUUUCCCAAUUUUGACAGAGAGCUCAGAGAUGGAAUUGGGAAAACGCUUCCUGAUCUUUUUCCCCGAACAGAGAAAUUUCAUCAAGGAAUUUCAGGAAGUUGCAGGCAGUCCUUGGAUCCAAAAAUGCUAAAAGUUUGGGAAAGUUUUUCUUUGUGUUCCAAACACUCGUUCAACUGUCAACUUAAAGCCUCUUUAAGCCCCAUCGUUCAUGUUCCUCCUUCGUGAGAAUAGAUCAAAUUACAAAGUAAAGGAUAUGUUGGUCUAUGAAAAUUUUAUUUGAUGGGAGUAUAAAGAUGAGAUCUUCUUUUUAAAAAGGGCUUAGAAAACAGAAGGCAAUAUAGGGUAAAUUGUAUAGAUGAGGAAGAAGCAAGGAAAGUUGGAAAGAAUGGAAAGGUCUAAGGCAGGGGGGGAAACUCGUGGCCCGUGGGCCAGAUAUGUCAUGAGCUGGCCACGCCCACCCCGGUUUAGCGAAGGGGGGAGGAAAGUCUCAAUACAUCACGUGACGACAUGAUGCCACGAGUCUGAUACCCCUAGUCUAAGGAAUGGUGUAUGUGUAAAUUUAAAUUAAAUUCAUUUCAUUUUCUUUUUGGCCUUUAAUUUCUUUUGCUUACUUCUUUUUUUACUUUUCUGCACUUUAUGUAACAUGGCUUACCCUGAAAGGGAACAGAGAGAUUGAUGUGCGUAUAUUUACUUUUAAAAAUGGCUUUUUAAGUUUGUUUGAUAUUAGAAUUUCAAAAUGUGCUUUCAAACAAUGGAAAAAAGAAAUUAAACGACGAUAGAACUUCCAUAGCAAAAAUCCAUUCUGGCUACUUUUUAAAUUGAAAAGGAAAACCUAAGUGCAUCGUAGUUCUAAAGGAAGAUCUAUUGGCUGUAUGUUUAUUCCCUCUUAUCUGGAAGCAAGUUCCAUUGAACUUAAUGGGUCUUACUUCUAAGUAGAUAUGUAUACGUGUAUUCUGUAAAAAUAAACACGAGUCUUCCACACA